AUCCCGGCGUGCAGCGCGCCGCACGGUCCUCCCAGGGACGGCUCGGCUAUCCCGGCGUGCAGCGCGGGGUGUAGGUGGGUUCGUCCUUCAAGGGCCGCUGAGAAUCAUUUCCGUCCGUCCCGCUGGAGCCAUGGCUGGAACUGUGGCCCGCAAGGCCCUGGAGUAUGCGCGGAGCAAGGACUUCCGAGACUAUCUGAUGAGCAUUUUUGGGGCCCUGUUGCUAACUGGGGACUGCCCAUCGCUGCUUUCAAUGAUAUGAAGAAAACUCCCGAGAUUAUUAGUGGCAGGAUGACAUUUGCAUUGUGUUGCUACUCUCUGCUGUUCAUGCGCUUUGCAUACAAGGUCCAGCCCAGGAAUUGGCUCUUAUUUGCCUGUCACUUCACGAAUGAAAGUGCACAGAUCAUUCAGGGAUGUCGGCUGAUCAAGCACAAUGCUCAGAAGCGGAUGCACCGUUCUGAGUGAUCUCAGUCGACCCCUCCUGAUGCACUCCUUCAUUACUUCCAUAUGUCACCAACGAUGGUUUUUUUACGCACAAGAUUCCACAGAAAAGGCUUUGGACCCUGGAUGACUAAUCUUUCAAACAUAUUUAAUCCCAUCUGUAUUUUGUGAUAUAAUUAAUUGUAACAAAUUUGUUUUAUUAUCUCCUAAAAUUGCCUUAAAUUAAAAUGAGAAGUUAUUAUUAUACAUGCCUUUUUAAUAUGCAUUAUAUAUAUAUUCCACAGCUCCUACUCCUCAUUCGAAAUGAACACUGACUGGUACUAUUUAUCAGUGUGUAGUAAAGUUAGAAAGAAAUAAUAUAUGAUCAUGGAUAUUUCCUUGUGUUGCAAUCAGUAUUUUGUUGGUAGAUCAAUGGUUUUUGCAGUUUUGAGCUGCAUUUAAGUAAUGUCUCAUGGCAAUCUGUCAAUUAAAAGGCAUCCAAUUCAUAAGCAAUAAA